GUUUCCGUUCAUCACAAUGUCUGUAUCCCUCGUUUCCAACACCUACCUCGAUGACGCCUCGAUAAAGAUUCGUUCAAAGCCGGUUCCGUGGGAGGGUUACCAGAGAGCUGAUCUCAUCACCUCUGAGGAACUUGCCCUCAUCAAGAAAGUAGACAGACAACCAAAGGCAAAGAUUGAGUCUAUCUUGCUGUCGGAUUCCCGCACGUAUGCGUCGCUGUACCUUCGCCUUCUCAAGAAGCUGCAGCGGGUGGACACUAUGCAAUACAUCCUUGUCCUUAUGGUCGAUGCGCUCACCGACCAUGAUGAACGGGUACUUCUUUUCACUUCCACUGUUGAAACCGACCCAGAACUUCCUUACGUUCCUCUGCUACGAACUCUUGAUACCCAAGAUGAAUUCAUGCAACUGAAGGCCGCACAAAUCCUGACCGUCCUCCUCUGCUCUGAACCAUACCCACUACAACACCAAUAUCUUCAGCCGUUCCUUGUUACGCUUGCUGGAUUCGUUCAAGGAAAGUCACCCAAUAGGCGCGAUGUUGCCGUUCAAUGUUUAGAGGCACUCCUGACGCGACCAGAAUGUCGUCAAGCCGUUUGGGACAUAGCUGGCAUAAUUGUUGGAUUUGUUGACAUUCUGAAACGUAAGCCAACGGCUCAGAUGAGCUAUCAAGUCGCCUUUUCAAUAUGGCUUCUGUCAUUUGAGCAAAAUAUUGCCGAACAAUUCGACAAGAAGUACAAUAUAAUACCCCUUCUCAUCGACGUCGCUCAGGGCGCAGCGAAGGAAAAGGUCAUCCGCGUCAUCGCCGCGACCUUCCGAAACCUUCUUACUAAAGCACCCGCUGCUAAUCUCCCCGCUAUGCUUGUCUCUCAACUGCUUCCAUUCGCAAAGAACCUUUGCACCCGGAAAUUCACAGAUGAGGAUAUUGUAGAAGAUGUCCAGUUUCUUCGUGAUGAACUAAAUAAGAACUUCUACAGCCUAACGACGUAUGAUGAAUAUACAUCAGAGCUAUCUUCAGGACAUCUAUCUUGGACACCUGUGCACGAAUCCGAUGAUUUCUGGAAGGAGAACGCGACCAAGCUUAAUGAGCAAGAUUGCCAGCAAUUGAAGAUGCUGUUGAAGCUAUUGAAUGAGUCUAGUGAUCCUACCGUGCUAGCCGUUGCUGCUCAUGAUGUUGGUCAAUACGUCAAGCACUGUGAGAGGGGCAAGAAAUUGAUUACGGACCUCGGUGGCAAGACACGCGUAAUGGAACUCAUGACCCACGAAGACCCGGAUGUUCGAUACCGUGCGCUACUGUCCGUGCAACAGCUCGUCAGUCAACCUUGGGUGACAGUCUAACGCACAUUUCGGACUCGCAAGUAGUACAUAUAGUUGCUAAUAAUAUUAUCG